UUAUCUGAUCAUUCCCUAGACAGCAUCUCUUCUCUCCACCUUUCAAGGCCAUUCUCACCUACCAUUAUAUCUACCGAUUACAUUUGUCUCUGGAAGCUGUACGAUGGAUGAAAACCAGUCCUACUCAGGAGCAGGAGAAGGACAGGAAGAUGCUGCAGAGACAUCCAAACUUCCUAAAGUCACCCAUUCCAGCGAAGAUGACGAUUAUGAAAACAUGGAUUCAUGUCAAGCAACCCAAGAAGCAAAAGAGGUCACCAACCAACCAGAUGAAAAAAAUCCCAACUCUUCCAUGACAACUAAAGAACUUCAGGAGUACUGGCGGAAUGAGAAGCAAAACUGCCGAGAAGUCAAGGUGCUUUUUGAAAUCCCAUCAGCCAAAAUUGUAGAGAAGCCUUUCUCGAAAUACGUGAAGUACCAAAUCAUCAUCCUCCAGACUGGCAGCUUUGACAGUAACGUAUCAACGAUCGAACGCCGGUAUUCUGAUUUUGAAAAGCUGCACACGAGCCUAUUUAGGGAGUUUUAUGAUGAAAUGGAAGACAUUGUCUUUCCCAAAAAGAUCCUGACUGGCAAUUUCCUGGACGAAGUCAUCCUGGAGAGGAAACUAGCUUUCCAGGAUUAUUUGCGAAUUCUAUACUCCAUGGAGUUCAUCAGGACCUCACAGGUGUUCAUUGACUUCUUAACGAGGCCGGAGCUGGAGGAGACCUACAGCUGCCUUCGGGGAGGACAAUAUACCAAAGCUUUGCAAGGUCUUCUGGAGGCCAUAGCUUUGCAAGAGAAGCUCACAAAGCACAGACCCAUUCUGCUGGCUCCCACCCUCUGCGCCAUCCUUGUAUGUCACAAAGAUCUGGAGAACUUCAAAAGUGCCUUCGAAUUUGGAGAAAAGGCCCUACAGCGGUUAGAAAAACACCCUGGCCACCGUUACUACCUGCCAUUGCUAGAAACGAUGAUCUCCUUAGCCUAUGAGCUCGGGAGAGACUUCUUGUUCUUCCAAAAGAAGAUGGAAGAGAGGAAGACCAGAAAGUUACCACGGAAAAUGUUGACACUGAAGGAACUGACAGUACAGGAAUAUGUGCAAUGAGGAGAAGAAAGGAGGAGAAAUAUAAUGCGGGUUUUGACGAGACAGGAAUAUUUUCCCAAUAGUAGAAAGACUGAAAGAUAUUGGGAACUUAGAGAGGGGGGAAUAUGUAUGUAUGUAUGUAUGUAUGUAUGUAUGUAUGUAUGUAUGUAUGUAUGUAU